AUGGACGUCUCCGGACCUAAUGCACCAACCCCACCUUCCGCAUCCGUGCCAACCCCUGUUCCAACUCCCACAACGCCCACCCUCACCACGGCUGAUCCGAAUUUCCGUGUCCUGCCUCUGUCGACCAUCGCCACCUCCACCAACCCUGCCGAAAUCGCCUCGACGACGAACACCUCUAUCAUCCCUGCCGCCCACCGGAACGCUCCCGACGACCCGUUAACCGUUAGCACCAUCAUCAGAACCCCACCUCAGGGCAGGUUGCCGUAA